AUGGCAGAGGGAAUAACGCAAAAGAUCAAGCUGAAGCGAAACGUUUUCACUCCUGAGGAAGAUGCCCGUUUACACAAUCUGGUCCAGAUCUAUUCUACUGAUUGGAAGACAAUUUCUUCGUUAAUGGGAACAAGGUCACCACGCCAGUGUCGUGAGAGAUAUCUGAACUAUCUAGCCCCUGGAUUAGCUAAUGAUAAGUGGACUCCUCAAGAAGAUCAACUUUUAAUUGAGAAACAGAAGUUAUUUGGUAAAAAAUGGAUCCACAUUGCUCAAUUCUUUCCAAAAAGAUCAUCAGCUAAUAUUAAGAACAGGUGGUCACAGCUUGUGAACAAAGGAAUUGCUCUUGCUCAACAACUUCAUCUUGUUAACAAAAAUCAUUCUGAAGAAUCAGAGCCUGAGCCACCUAAGCAGAAUCCUGCACCAAGCGAUUCUCUGUCAGACAAAAAUGCUGGAAAUUCAGGAAAUCGUCUUUUCUCGCUCCCAUCUAUUCACGAACUUGCAAGCUCGAAUGGAAUUUCUAAUAUUUUUAAUAUCAGUAUUUUGAAGUCUUCUAUAUUCUCGCCUCAUCACCAGAUAGAACCUCAGAUUUUGAAUGAACAGAUCGAUAAUUCUCAAGAAAAGUCUGUUCAAAGGCUUCAUAAUUUCAAAGGUUUUACUGGCCUCUUAUGGUGA